ACUCUCUGUUGCUUUACUCAGCCUCGCUCGUCCACGAAUCCCCUCCAUUUGUUACUAUCGUCGUCUGCACUACUCGCAGGCAGAGUAGCGCUGGCGUCGCGUCGCGUCGGUUCAGUCAGUCGGUAAAACAAUAUAUCAGUCGAGUUGUGUCGAAGAACGUGACGGUCGCGCCCCGCACUUUACCUCAUCCAUUCAUCAGUCCGCUUUUAGCGUUUCGGAGUAACAGUUGUUUUCAACAUAAAAUAUUUUUAUUAAAUUCACUGCCAUCGUGAACCCAUAGUGACUACUCUAUUUUUAAAGUGUUUUGACUGUUUCUUGUGGAUGGCAAUAAAUUGUGACAGUGACGUUUGGAAUAAUUUAAAUCUUCCAUGGAUUUGUUUAUUGUAAACAGAUAAAAGUUUAUCAUUGGGAUUCAUUCAACAAGGAAGUGAUUAAAAGUUUUAUAUUGUGCUCACAUUGUGAAUGCGGACACAGUUAGUGUUCCUUAUGUGUAAAUUUGAGUGAAUCGUGGCCUCCGCUCGUCAGGUGGAAGGAACACGCUACACGCGUCUGUUUGAACAAAUGUGCAUUAUUGAAAGGCGAGAGACAACAACUUGUCCUUUAAACAUGACAUUAGCAGCGAGGUUAUCUCCUCAAAAUGCCUGUGUGGAAGUGGCGGUGCCGCUGAGUAGCUGGUCGACGGGUGUAGCAUGCUGCCCAAACUGCAGGCACGAGUUGCGCGUGUCACUAGCCCCGACUGCGGGAAAGUGCCACGCGUCUCCUCACACACCACCUCCCUUCACGGUCCAGCCGACGUACUUGCCUCACUCCCCCAUCACAACACCGCUGUCACCUCUUAUACCCUCACCGUACAACGAUGAGCUGAGGAGGCUGGCGGACACCCUGAGAGCGUUAAGGCUAUCAGGCUGGUACUACGGCAGUUUGGACUGGCUGGGUGCCCGGACGGUUCUCAAAGACGCGAGCGUUGGUGCUUUCGUUAUCCGGGACUCCGGCGAUAGGAACUUUAUAUUCUCAUUGUCAGUACAGACUGAGAGAGGCCCCACCUCAGUGAGGCUACAUUACGAACAAGGCUUCUUUAGGUUAGACUGCGACCGGCACCUGGCGCGGUACAUGCCGCGGUUCCGCUGCGUGGUGGAGCUGGUGCAGCACUACGCGCGGGUGGGCGAGCGCGGCGCGGCGGGCACGGUGUGGGUGGACCGCGAGGGCUGCCCGCACUCGCCCGUCAUGCUGAAGGCGCCACUCCGCAAGAGCCCGCCGUCGCUGCUGCACGCGGCCCGCCUCGCAGUGCACAAGGCGCUGGACUCCAACCCCCUCACGCCCAAGCUCUGGUGCGCCCCCAAGCACAGGCUCCUUCCUCUACCUUCCACUCUAAUAGACUAUCUCGGAGAAUAUCCCUACUCAAUCUAACGCUCGGAAUUAUUUCGUAGUUAUUUAUUUAGUCCAAUCUGAGCGAUGCCUAGUGAAGAUAUUAGUUAUUAUGGGAAUGAUUGUGAACGAUCAUUGCUCCAACUGAUUGUAGUUUGAUUCCUAUGAUUGGGUGGCGGACGGGUCGACUGAGCUGCUAGUUUCCUAAGGUGGACUUCGUGUUUGCAUUAUCAUAAUAUUAUAAUCUUAUUUGUACAAAUUAAUAUGCAUUGUCUAGUACAGGUUGCUAGAAAGGGCCGGAUCCUUUAAAUACCGACUAACAAAAUAAUUUAUAAAUAGUUAAAUUAAUAAUGUUAACUGUAUUAUUUGUAAGUAUUGAAUAUGGGACUCAACUAUGGUAUUUAGUGAAAUGUUUACGCAGAUUAUUUUUUAUUAAGCCAAUUCUGUGUCUGUAUAUAAAGAUGUUUUGAGAAAAUAACGCAAGACUGAUUCCUUGAACUUCAAAUACUGUUUGUGUAAUAAUUGCCUGUAUACUUUUCUGUUGAAUGUACGUACUAGCUCCAUCAUAUGACACAAAGAACUCGCCUGCAAUGCGCACGCGUCGACUGCGAGUCGACCUGCUGAUAUUAUUAUUGUAGAAAAUUGUUCACUAAUGCCUAAUCUUGUCCAUGGUCUUAAGAAGUCAUCACAUUGUAAAAUAGAGCUAUAUUUUUAUUUAUUUAUUCUCGGUUAAGUUAGGAUUACUCGUGAACCUUACGUUAUGUUAGUUCUUUCUUGUUCCUAUCCAUGGUUGGUUUACCACGUAUCACUACACGCCGCGGUCUCUGCACCACACAUAGAGCCUAGUUUUAAAACGAAGUGCCAUCAAAACAUUAAAAAACCAUAUUGAGAAUUUACUUUGUCAUAUUUGAUUCAAAUGGAAGUAUUUUUGAGGCUGAACAUGUACAUAAUUCUUGUUUUGUUUUUCUAUUUAUUUCCCUAUUUAAUAAGUAAUGAGAAAAUAUGAAUAUAUUAUCGCCAGGUUGUAAACCAUGUAAUGGUUUGAUGUAUCAUAUAUGUGGCUUGAUUGCGUGAAACUUAGUAAUGUGCAGAUAAUUAAUACCUAGAAGAAAUACGAUAUCUCUUACAGAAGUGUAGAUUACUGAGUUUGACGCAUUGAAGCGUUUAGCGUGCGGUGGGAAGUUCGGCUAGUGAUGUUCACUAAUAUAGGAUAGAUCAUGUAUGUACCUUGAAUAAUCUCAAUUAGAGUAAACUUAGGCUUCACACUACGAAUAUGUUUUAUUAGAAGAAAAUACGCAUUAUUAAAAUAAUCGAAAGUAAUGAGCCUCAAAAUUAUUUUAAAUAACUUAUAAUUACUUGUCCGUUGUCUUCGUGUUAAAUAUAACCAAUUGUCUACUUGCGGAGUUAUUUUUGUACCAUUUUGUAAGGGGAAAGCACCAAUUAAAUAAGUGUGACAUAAUAGAGAAUACUUGUGUUUAAAUGUUUGUAGACUAAUGUAUUGAAAGAACUGCAAAUAAUUUAUAUACAAAAAAUAUACAUUCUGCCUAUAA